AAAAAACCCGAUCAGACCGGAUCAGACAUUAGUAACUGAACACAUAUCACCGCACUGGGCAAACAUGGCGGAUGACAAGGAUCCUUUGAAACAGCUGAAAGAUCUGUCGCAGCUCAAAACCCAGUUGGAGGAAAUCCAGAGACGAGUAGAAAACCAAGUGUCUGUGGGGAUUCCUCAGGGUGGCACAGUUUUGGGAUCUCCAUUCCUGAAAGGCUUUCUGGCUGGCUAUGUGGUGGCCAAGCUCCGAUCCUCUGUCAUCCUGGGAGUGCUGCUGGGAACAAUCACUGGCCUGUAUGCGGCACAAAACUAUCAAGUGCCUAACAUUGAAAGGACCGUAAAAGAUUACAUGAACAACUUGAAAAAAGGACCAAAAUAAUGUGGGCAGGCUGCUAAUCCUA